AUGGGCAUAACCAAAAGGAAUUCAUCCAAUGGCGAUGUCAAAGAUCGGAAAGACGAGUCCUUACUUGCGGAGCAAAAGGUUACAUUCCUAGCAUGCUUUCAAGGUGCUGUCGCCAGCCUAGGCGGUUUCAUUUUUGGUUACAUUAGUGGCCAGAUAUCUGGGUUCUUUCUCAUGAAGGACUACUCUGAAAGAUUUGGCGAAUUGCAAUCAGAUGGCACUUAUACAUUCAGCGCUGCCAGACAAGGCACAAUUGUCGGCAUGCUCAGUGUUGGUGCCCUUAUAGGAUCACUGAUUGCUGGCAAAAUGGCUGAUCUGAUUGGCCGUCGAUUGACGAUAUCCGUUUCUGCUUUUUUCACCUGCAUUGGCACAAUUAUUGAGAUCUCGUCAUCAUACCACUGGGUUCAAUUUGCUGUUGGACGCCUUGUGAGUGGUCUCAGUAUUGGUGCCUUGUCUGUGGUCGUGCCUAUGUAUCAGUCAGAGUGCGCGCCGGCCAUCAUUCGGGGUGUCAUUGUUGCCUCGUACCAACUUCUCAUUACUCUUGGUAUCUGGACCGCCGAAAUGGUCAAUUGGGGGACCGAAGAAAAAACAAACAGUGCGUCGUGGCGUAUUCCAAAUGGUCUGUCCUUUGCGUGGGCUCUCAUUCUCGGAUCAACUAUUCUAUUCAUGCCCGAGAGCCCCAGGUAUGACUGUAGUCGUGGUCGAGUUGAACGCGCUCGCUUGGCAAUUGCUAAGCUAUCUGGUCUUGCCCCGGAUUCCGAGGGUGUGAAUCACCAGAUAACCGACAUCCAGCAUAAUGUACAUGAAGAGAGCAGAAGCGCUGAUCAAUUUCACUGGACUGAGAUUUUCACCGCGCCACGCAUGCUAUAUCGCACCGUCUUGGGUAUUGUCCUCCAGGCCGGCCAGCAACUCACUGGUGCCAACUUUUUCUUCUACUUUGGCACAACUGUGUUUGCUGCCACCGGAAUCAGCAACAGUUAUGUGACCCAGAUCAUUCUGGGAUCCGUCAAUGUUUUCUGCACCAUCAUUGCCUUGUGGGUGACGAAACGGUUCGGUCGCCGUAACACUCUCAUGAUAGGUGCCGCAUGGAUGAUGAUGUGCUUCUUCGUGUACGCUUUUGUUGGUCACUUUGCCCUCGACCAUGAUAACCCUAUGAACACCCCCAAGGCCGGGUCUGCCUUGGUAACGUUCUCAUGCUUGGCAAUUGCAGCGUUUGCCGUCAGUUGGGGUCCUCUGGUUUGGGCGGUAAACGCCGAGCUGUACCCUCUUCGCUAUCGAAGCACAUGCAUGGGCCUUGCAACUGCUUCAAAUUGGCUAUGGAACUUUUUGAUAUCCUUCUUUACACGAUUCAUCACCGACGAGAUUGACUACUUGUAUGGCUUAGUAUUCGCGGGCUGUUGCGGCGCCCUAGUCGUCAUUGUCUUCUUCUUCGUGAUCGAGUCCAAAGAUCGAAGCCUCGAGGAAAUUGACACAAUGUAUGUCCAGAAAGUCAACCCAAUCAAGUCUGGCCACACUGCCGGCCACUGGAACACGGAUGACUACCGCCAAGGCAUCAGGAGGCUCAGCGAGGCCCGAACCGAGACCGGGUAA